CUCUGUUCAGAAACAAUCUGGUCGUAUUCUAUCCCCAAGGCAGACUUGGAAAAUCAGGAAGACAUCAUGAGCCAUCUCGAACGAAACGUAGCAGCAGCAGCUGCUACGUCUGCCAUGCCUGAAGGCGUUGAACUAGAUGCUAUCGAGAGUUCGACACCCGGUUCCAGUCUUCGGGAUCCCGAGUCAAGCCCGUUGGCGUGGCUUUGCGUCUUCGGUUCAUUUUUGUUUCUAUACCCAUCCUAUGGUUUUAUGCAAUCUGUCGGCACUGUUCAGUCCCAUCUCCAACAAACUCAGCUCAGUGCGUACUCUUCCAGCGACCUAGGAUGGAUUAUCGGAAUCUUCACGUCUCUAUGCUUGUUUCUCGGCAUACAAACAGGGCCCCUCAUGGACGCUUACGGCACGAAGUUUCUGGCACCUAUUUCCGUGGCACUAUACGUCCCAGUAUUCUUCGCCAUGGGGGAAUGCACGGAGUACUGGCACUUCAUCCUCUGCCUCGGAGUGCUGGGAGGCAUCGCUGUCGCUCUCACCGCAACCGUUGCGAUAGCUGUUAUCGGCAAACUGUUCAGCCGCCGCAAAGGACUUGCCAUGGGUGUUGCUCUGUCCGGGUCUUCGUUUGGAGGAGUCACUAUAUCCUUGCUGCUGCGCUCGAUUCUGCCCCGGCUAGGUUGGCGAUGGUCCAUGAGAGUCAUGGGUCUCCUCGCGAUGGGCACAAUGACCCUGGGCAUGAUGUGCUACCUGCCAUAUCCUCGCCUAUCCACGUCCGUUUCCGGAGCGACAAGGGGCAGGAAGGGGGCGAUGGUCAAUUUCUCGGCUUUCCGAUCACCUCUGUUUGUGUUCAUCGCCACGGGCGCCUUCCUUAUCGAAUUCGUCCUCUUCGGUGUUACUGGCCUCCUCCCCACGUUUGCGAUUGCCGCUGGCUUUGGUUCCGAGGUCGGUUUCAACCUCAUUGCGAUCCUCAAUGGCGCAUCGUGCCUUGGCCGCAUCACGACUGGUAUGGUAGGCGACAGGCUGGGACACCUGAAUGUCCUACUUACCAUGAUCUCCAUCACAAUCCUCAUCACGGGCGUUAUUUUUGUGCCUUUUGGAACGAAACAUAUCGCGGCUUUGUAUACCUUUGCUGCUUUGUGGGGCUAUGGAUCUGGAUCUUUCUUGUCCUGCACCCCAGUUUGCGUGGGGAAGACGUGCGAGCCAAAAGACUAUGGCAGAUAUAUCGGUACGAUGAACUUCUUCGUCAGCUUCUCGCUAUUGGUAACCGUUCCUGCCGGUGGACAAAUGCUUGAAAGUAUGGGCGGGAUGGCGCUCUCGGGCUUUUACCUGGCGGUCAUCUUUCUUGGCGGCGGCUGCUUCUUCGCCGCCCGUACCUUGCUGCUGGAUGGAUGGACCAUCUUCAGAGCUAUCGUUUGAUCUUCAAAUAUUAUGCGGAAUCUCUUGAAGGAUUCUAGGACUGGGUUGACGUAAACCACGUGCAGGCUUGCAACUAGUAGGGAUGCUAAGCUGAUAGAUGUUCUUUUGACUGUUAGUUUCCCCUCUUUAAUGCACACCAUGGGU